CCGGCGAGCAAAGAAGCCGCCGCACGCAACGGCACCGGCAAUACGCCGACCCUUUUGUUUCUUGUAGCCCAAGCAAUGGGAAUCCUUAUAAAUCCCUCUCCGUCUUCCUCACCGCUCACCUCUUCUUCCGUCUUCCUCGCCGCUCACCUCCUCUUCUCUUCCUCCGUAAUCUCAGCUCCGAAGAACGCAACUCUUUCGCCCUAAGUUCGUCUCAGCAGUGAGAUUGCUUGGAUUUGGAUAGACUGGUUGGAUUCUCGGUGCUGCGAUCUUAAUGGCAAGUCCUUUAAUUGCAAGUCUAACAGUGGCUGCUGCUGCGAUGGGAGGUCGAUACAUGAUUCAGGCAUGGCAGGCGUUUAGAGCUCGCCCUAUUGUUCCUCGAGUUCGCAGGUUCUAUCCAGGUGGUUUCGAGCAGCAGAUGACAAAGCGAGAAGCCUCGUUGAUCCUUGGCGUGAGAGAGCAUUCUCCACCGGACAAGAUCAAGGAGGCUCAUAGGAGAGUCAUGGUGGCGAACCACCCGGAUAGCGGAGGAAGCCAUUUCCUCGCUUCGAAGAUCAACGAGGCCAAGGACAUGCUAACGGGUAAAUUUAGAGGUGGCUCAUCUGUGUUUUGAUUUCUUCAGUGAGCACGAUACACAUGAUGAAUCUGACACUCCGUAAGAGUGUUCCAGCUUCUAACAAAGGACUAACUAACUAUAUUCUCUAUCCUGACAACUUUUUUUCCUUUUUCAAUUUCUUGGAACAAUUGAGAUGAUUCACAGAGUCCAUUUUGUAAGAAUUGGGUUUUACUCGUUAUGAAACAACACUUGUGCAA